AGACCUGUUAUUCAGGCCACGAAGAAAAAAGACACGAGACGAAACACUUAACAUAAACAAGAGCAGGGUGCCAUGAGGCGGAAGAAGCAGAAUUAAAUGCAGUAAUAAGUGCAUGAAAUAAAGACUGCGGUGAGGGAUUUGAUAUUUAUUUAUUUUUUAAUGUUUGGCGACAUAAAGUGAAACGUAAAGUAAAGCUGUCACUUUGUACUAUUUAGUCACAGCACCGCCACAAGUAUAUUUCGGGAGCGUAUUUAAAGAAAUGUCGAGACUUUUACCAUUCAUCAGUUGUAUGUACAGUGUGUCCAGUCGGGUCAUAUGGAGAGCUUCUCCCAGUCUACCUCCACUGCUACGACCGCUCCCAGCUGGACAGACAUGUGUUUUCGCAGCCGGCAAAAAGGAACUGAUAGACCUUCCUGUCCUGAAUGAGGACGAGCUCGAAGAGCAGUUUGUGAGAGGUUCUGGACCCGGGGGACAGGCUACCAACAAAACUAGCAACUGUGUGGUGCUCAAGCACAUCCCCACUGGGAUUGUAGUCAAGUGCCAUCAAACUAGAUCUGUGGAUAUAAAUCGAAAGCGUGCCCGGGACAUUAUGAGAGAGAAGCUUGAUGUUGCAUACAAAGGAGAACUUAGUGAAAUUCUUGUGAAGAAGAAAGAGUCUGUGCUGAGGAAGCAAGAGAAGAGGAGGAAGGCAAAUGAGAAUCUGGAGAGGAAAAAACAGUUUAAAGAAGCACUGGCUGCAGACUCUAAACCCUGGAAUGACACAGUUUAAAAUGUUUGUGUAGAAUAUAGAAAGAAGACAUUGAAUACUUGUGUGGUCCAGUACUAUAUGUCUGCAAACUGUGCAAAGACUGAAUAACAAAACCUGUACAGGUGCUGUUGACAGUAUCAAAUCCAAAUGACCUUGUAUAUGAAUGCCAUAGUAUCUUUCAUGCAAAGCUGCAAUAAAUAGUACUCCACAUAAUACAAGAUAAGGAAGGAGAAAGAAAUUAAAAAUAAAAACAGUCUAAACUGUU